AUGGGCAGAAGUUGCAAUCUUCUCUUUGGUCUUGCUGUUUUCAUUUUGUUUCAUUACCAUACAUCACUGGCUAUUGUUCCCAAUGUUAGCACCGAUAAAGAUGCUCUUCUCGCCUUGAAAUCUCACAUUUCUUCCUCUGAUCCUAAUGAUAUCUUAGCAAGCAACUGGUCUUCCUUCAGCCAUGUUUGCAGCUGGAUUGGCAUCACUUGUAGCUCGCGCCACAAUAGAGUCACAGCUUUAGACAUUUCUAGCAUGCAACUUUAUGGUACCAUUCCUCCACACGUUGGAAACCUUUCAUUUCUUGUUUCCCUUGACAUCAGUAACAACACUUUUCAUGGAAAGUUGCCAGAAGAGUUGUCUCAUUUGCAGAGGUUGAAAUUGAUUAUUGUCGAUAGCAAUAACUUUACUGGUGUCAUUCCAUCAUUCUUAAGUCUGUUACCAAACCUUCGCAUUCUGCGCCUUUCGAGCAACCAAUUUUAUGGGAAAAUUCCACCUUCCCUUUCCAAUCUAACAAAACUAGAAGGAUUGGGCGUGGAGCACAAUUUUCUUGAAGGAGAGAUCCCUCGAGAACUCGGUAAUCUUCGUUACAUGACUAUCCUAGACCUACAAGUAAACCAGCUUACUGGCUCUAUACCUCCAUCAAUCUUUAACAUUACCACAAUGCGAAUCAUUACUCUUUUCAAAAACAAUCUUGCUGUUAACAACCUAGACGGUGUUAUUCCAUCAAACCUAGGAAAGUGCAGAAAGCUUCGAAUCUUGUCAUUGUCUGGCAAUAAGUUCAUUGGAACUGUACCAAGAGAGUUAGCCAACUUAAAAGCUCUAACAGAAUUAUAUCUUGGAUAUCAGCACUUGCAAGGAGAGAUACCAGCGGAGCUAGGUAAUCUUAAGAAACUACGGUUGCUGGGAUUAAACAAGAAUGAGUUUACGGGUUCUAUCCCUACAAACAUUUUCAACAUAUCAGCACUGCAGAUCUUAGAUCUUUCUGUAAACAGGCUUUCAGGUCGUCUACCAUCCGAUUUUGGCCGUGGAAUUCCCAGCUUAGAAAAUUUUUCUUGCGGGUCGAAUAAUCUGAGUGGUUCUAUCUCUGCUUCAAUCUCAAAUUCUUCAAGACUCAGAACACUUUAUCUCUCGUUCAACAGUUUCACAGGUCCAGGAAUCGAAUAA